AUGAACUCUGGAUCCCACGGGCUUGUGCUGGUAGAAAUUUUUGCUUCAAAUGACGAACCCACAUCUCAGUCAGAAGUCUUGACAAAAUGCUAUACGUUUAGAGUGAAUGGCUGCAGUGCUAUACUGGGAUAUAUUCUCCAUGAAAUCGUUGAAAAGAUCGAGUGGUCUGACUCAUGGUCGAUUGAUCACCACCAGCGUACUGUGACUCUAGCGGUGCCAGCUACAGCAACAGCCGAUAUGCGCUCUCGCGUGCUCGAGGACACUCUCCAAGCCACCAGAAAACUAGGCCUCAUAUCAAUGCUACAAAGCUGGCGAGAUGAAACAUUCCCGGUGUACGGUCCAGAAGGACAACUCCUGCUCGAAAUAGAGCGUUGUGCAACUGCUUUAUUCGGGAUUGUGACUUACGGUGUCCAACUCCUCUGCUAUGUGAGGGACGAACAAGGCCUUCGAUUAUGGAUUGGUAGGAGAUCAGAACGCAAGCAGACUUACCCAGGUAUGCUCGAUACCACGGCAGCCGGCGGUCUAGUUACUGGAAAGCUACCGAUUGAAGCUCUCAUAUGCGAAGCACAUGAAGAGGCGUCCUUACCAGAAGAAAUGGUGAGGGACAAAGUCAAACCAAUCAGUCACCUUACAUAUUUCCACGUCCGUGGGAGCAAAGCUGGAGGGGAGAUCGGUCUACUUCAACCCGAGGUAGAGUAUACAUACGAGCUCGAAUUAGAUCCAGGCAUGACCCCAAAGCCAAGGGACACCGAGGUGGAGAGUUUCAGCUUAUACACUAUCGACGAAGUGCUUUGUGCUUUGAAAGAGGGACAGUUCAAGCCAAAUAGUGCUAUUGUUAUUGUUGAAUUCCUUAUUCUGCAUGGGAUCAUCCGCGCUGAGAAUGAGUCGGGGUACGCUGAAAUCUUGUCGCAUUUACAUCGUGAGCUUCAAUUUCCUGUUCGCAUUUUGCCGUCUACGUGA